GCCCCGGCUCGCGCUUUCUCAUCUCUGAAAAUGCUCCUAAACCCUCGCCUGCUCCCUCGUUUCCUCUCAACUUCCCUCUCAAUCUCAAAAAACCCUAGAACCACCAAAACCCUAAAAUCUCAGCUAGCCAUAUCAAUCCCUCCCCGUCCUCCCCCAAUCUCCGACGACCCCCAGAUCCAGAUCCCCCUCGAGAAGCUCUUCGUCCCCCCCGCCGUCGGCGCUAGGGUUUUGAGAGGCUCUAACAUCGUCCUCGGUCCUUACGCUAGAGAUGCUCAGGUGACGGCGGCGGAGUUCGUGAAGAGCAGCACGAAGACUGAGGAGUGCCCUGCCGAUGGAUUGCCGGAGUUUGCGCUCGUUGGGAGGUCGAAUGUUGGCAAGUCUUCUCUUCUUAAUUCGAUCGUGAGGAGGAAGAAGCUUGCGCUUACUUCGAAGAAGCCUGGAAAAACACAGUGCAUUAAUCACUUUCGGAUAAAUGAUAGCUGGUACCUGGUGGAUUUACCUGGAUACGGAUAUGCUGCGGCUCCACAUGAAGUUCGGUUUAAUUGGGAUCAGUUUACCAAAGAUUAUUUUCUCAACCGGCAGUCACUGGUGUCAGUAUUUCUUCUUAUAGAUGCUAGCAUCCCUGCAAAGAAAAUUGAUCUGGAAUAUGCUAGUUGGCUUGGCCAGAAUGAGAUACCAAUGACGCUAAUCUUCACUAAGUGCGACAAAAGAAAGAAGAAGAAGAAUGGAGGAAAGAGACCUGAAGAGAAUGUCGAAGAUUUUCAGAAUUUGAUUCGCGAUUUCUUCCAAUCUGCUCCACCUUGGAUCAUGACCAGCAGUGUCACCAACCAGGGCCGCGAUGAGAUACUACUUCACAUGGCUCAGCUUAGAAAUUAUUGGCUAAAACACUAGAUCUGUAUCAUGUUCCUUUGAAAGUCCACUAACACUUCACAGACCUCUUCGCAGCAGCCAGCCAGCAAACAUACAUCUAUUGGUUUCUUCAUGGGCUGCUGCAUCUAAAGGUUGGUCGAAAUUAUUCACCUGGAUAUAUGAGAUCAACAUGUAGAGUAAAUGAAAUAAUCUGUUGCUUGUGUCAGUGAAGUUAUCCACAUUGUUUCUCUCUUGCUUAUAAUAUCGUUUUUGCCAGUGUCAUGCUCCA